UUAUCGAUUUGUUGUUGGAAGUCAAUGGAGCAUGAUGAACGGAGAUAGCCUGUAGCUAGCUAGCUAACAAGCUAACAGAGUAGUAACAGACAGGAGCCACUAGCGAGGCAGGCUGUGUCAAAGACCUAGGAGAAAAUCACUGGUUGUGCAACUGCAACGUACUGCUGACAGUUGACCUUGCUCCUGACGGAAAUGUAUGAGUCUUGACAACUAGAAUCAUGGCAACGGAGGCGUCGGUCUCCUCACCUGGGCGCCCCCAGAUCUCAACCCCCGCGCAGAGGGACUACUACUGGGUGCGCUCUUUCGUAGCUGGAGGUGUGGCAGGAUGUUGUGCCAAGUCGACUAUUGCUCCUCUGGAUAGAGUGAAGAUUUUAUUACAAGCUCAUAACCCCCAUUACAAGCACCUUGGUGUGUUUGCUACCCUUAAGGCAGUGCCACAAAAGGAGGGGUUUCUUGGCCUCUAUAAGGGAAAUGGAGCCAUGAUGGUUAGAAUAUUUCCCUAUGGCGCCAUUCAAUUUAUGGCCUUUGACAACUACAAAAAGUUUCUUAGCAAACGAUUAGGGAUAUCUGGUCACAUCCACCGGCUGCUGGCUGGGUCACUGGCAGGAAUGACGGCUGUUAUUUGCACUUACCCACUAGAUGUAGUUCGAGCCCGCCUUGCCUUUCAAGUGACUGGAUAUCAUCGCUAUACAGGCAUUGCCAAUGCAUUUCAAACAAUAUACCUGAAGGAGGGUGGCGUCACUGGGUUCUAUCGUGGUCUCACACCCACCAUUAUUGGCAUGGCCCCUUACGCAGGGUUCUCCUUCUUCACCUUUGGAACACUAAAGAGCAUGGGUCUUACUCAUGCCCCAGAACUCGUUGGCCGACCUUCGCUGGACAACCCGGACGUGCUGGUGCUGAAGCCCCAUGUUAACCUGCUGUGUGGGGGCAUCGCUGGUGCCAUUGCCCAAACCAUAUCUUACCCUCUGGACGUGGCACGCAGGAGGAUGCAGCUGGGAACGGCCCUUCCCGAUUCUGAAAAGUGCUCCACCCUCACCAACACCUUGAAGCAUGUGUAUCACCAGCACGGGGUUAAGAAUGGACUGUAUCGCGGUCUGUCUCUCAACUACAUCCGCUGUGUCCCCUCCCAAGCUGUGGCCUUCACCACCUAUGAGUUCAUGAAACAGGUACUGCAUCUGAACUAGGACAGGCCUGGAGGAGCGUCCCUGUUCUGAGUUGACCCCAUUGGGCAUGCUGCAGCCUUUGGCAUCCCCAUUCCAACACAGACUGCCAGCUCUGUUGACCAGCUGCGUCAGCAUUGCCUCUUGUUUGGGUGGGUGGGUGGGUGAGUGGGGAGCACCACGCCACACCACACCACACCACACCACAGUCUGGCCAAACAUGUCACUUUGGACUUCACCCUGACAACUGUGUCCGCCUACAUGCAGUGGUUUCCCAGUCUGACUUGAGUCAGAGUGCUCUGCCGAGAGGAGAAUUAAAACACAACAGCAACAUCCACAAAGCAUUGUAGCUACUGCGUCAUCUGGGAUGCUGUAAUCUGAAUGCAUUCAGAUAAUGACGGGAGAAUUAAUCACCAUUAAAAAGCUGCCUUCUCUAUCCGAGCCCACCCCAACCCCCAUUUCCACAACUGAAAAGCACCAAACAGUCCCUCACCAUUUGCUAUUUAAAGUACUUCUAUGUUUUGGCCAACAACAUACGAAUAGAGAAAUGCUUAGAGAAAUGGGCUCAUUAAGAGAAUCACAGCAUUUCCCAAAAGCAUUUCAGUUUUAAAUGAGGGUAACUUCUCCUAUUUUGUGUAUUUUACUUAAUCUUGGGUUCAUAUUUAAUCUCCAAAGUCUUACCUGUGAGUGUCAUUGUGAAUGGCCAUUUCAGGUGUGACUGCCAAUCAUAAGCCCACAAACCGCCUCCCAUCGUCACAGAUUGAGAAUGAAUAUUUUGGUCAUUGAAGACCAGAUAAGCGAUAUGUUGAGCUUGUUGCUGUGAUGCGGGUUUUGGGUCCAAUGCCUUUGUUGUGUGUGUGUGUGUGUGUGUGUGUGUGUGUGUGUGCUCUCGUGUCUAUUUGCACUAUGCCAACCAUAAUUGUACAAAAUGAACAAAUGAAUUCAUGCUACCAUCUUUCUCAUUCAGUUAAACAUAGCAUACGUAAAGGAGUGGGCUUUUCUUUUUCAUGGGUUGACAUUGUGUUCUCUUGCUUUUCAGUGUCCUGAUUCAUACUGUUUGGCUAUGUUUGUCUUUUUCAAAUGUUAUUUCGCUUCAUUCAAUUACGAGUUUCAUUCAGUACAGAACUGAGUUUAAUGAUUAUGAAUGUGCGGUGCUGUGUAGCGCUUCAGGUGUUGACACCUUAAUCAGGUACCAUCCACCUCAUUUCAUGAUUUCACAUCUCAUGCCUUUGUUUUUUUUUUUUUUUUUUUUUUUAAAUCACAUCGGUAUGAAAGGGUGAAUGCUGGGGGUAAUCAUACUUUGAUAUGUAUCUUUAUUUUUUGGGGGGACAAUCCGCACUUUUAUUCUGGCCUCAUAUUUAUUUAAGUGUACUUUUGAUUCUGUCCACAUGAUGGCAGUGUGGGGCUUGAUCUCUUUUUGUUUACAAGCAACUUUCAAUCCCCCAGCCUUUCUAACAAUAACGCACAUGUUUGAUAUGUGAGAUGUUGGUUCUGGUGUCACAUGCUGUAUGUAUAUGAUGAGUAGAGUGUGUCGCUCCACCAAAGGAAUCAAAGGGAAAGUUUACGCCCUCGCGACUUGUGUGCUGACACACAGGCCUUUAUACACAAGGAUUAUGUUGUUAGUGUGCGUGUAUGUGUUCUUAUUGUGCGACACAAUUUCACUCAUGCAGUAAUGUUUAUAGUGUCAAAUAUUGUACUAUAAAUCACUGUUUCAUUUUUAGCAUAAGCCAUUGAAGCAGAUAUUUGAAACAUUGAAAGACUGCAUCAACUACGUAUUUAAUGCUGUUUAGAAAUUCCUGUCAAAUUUGUAAAAUAUUUAAGAUACACAGCUGCCCUGUUAAUAUGGAUGGAAUAUUGAAUAUUGAUAAGGAAUAUGGAGAACAUGUAUGAAGAAUGCACUGUAUGAAACAACAUAUUCUUGAUGAUGUGGUCACCAUUUUCAUAUAGGACAGCUUGGUGCAGUAGAGAGGUAUUUUAUGUAUAUUAACAGAAUUAACUACUGAGUAUGCCUUCAGUAUUUUCAGUCCUCAACUGUUGCUUAUGUUGAAUCAUAUUGAAAUUAAAGCUGUUAUGGUCUUGUCA